AGCCGAAGAUGUCGGCUCGGUCAUGUGAUCAGCUGUGUCCAAUCACAGCUGAUCACAUGGCACUGAUGAUCAGUAUGCCCUGAUGAUCAGUGUGGCCCCAGAAGUGCCACCUGUCAGUGUCCAUCAGUGCCAGCAGUCAGUGCUCAUCAGUGCCAAUGAGUGCCACAUCAAUGCCACAUAUCAGUGCAUACCAGUGCACAUCAAUGCCACAUAUCAGUGCCCAUCUGAGCUGCCUUUCAAUGUCACCCAUCAGUGCCAAUCAAUGCCACCUAUCAAUGCCAUUCAGUGCCACCUAUCAGUGCUGCCAGUCAGUGCCGCCUAACAGUGCCAGUCAGUG